AUGGCCUCGUCGACGACCGGCAACAUCGUAGUCGAGUGGUUGCGUUCGCUCCACCUGGGCCAGUACGCGGAGAGUUUCUUAGAUAAUGGAUAUGACGAUUUGGAAAUAUGCAAACAGGUCGGAGAGCCGGAUCUGGAUGCUAUUGGAGUCCUCAAUCCAACACAUCGUCAAAGACUGCUGCACUCUGUAAGAAUUCUUAGAGAGGAAGGUGCAGCGGCUGUUUACUUUACUUUGGAGGAAGCUGCCGCUGCCCGAGAUCCUUGCAGGUGUGAGGAGGAACCACGAAAGGAAACAGCAACAGUUGCAAUAGAACCUGCAAAGUAUGUUGACGAAUAUGAGGAAGGGAAGGCAGAACUGGUAAAGAUACCGCGAAUUCAACUAAAACGUCUGCUCCGUGAACGACUAGCUCAGGAUGGAAUACGUCUGAGUCUGCAGCCGUAUUCAACCACGGAUGGAGACCGAGGCUAUUUAGAAGGCCUGGCUUCGCGGUAUGCCGAUUUAUUCUCAACACAUUACGGAGAUGUACUAGAUCAUCUGGAAGAACUUAGAAGACAUGAAUGGGAUGAAAUGUCUCCGCGGAUGAGAGUUCUAGGCGGCACCGGGACACCUCAAACACCACCGUCAGCUAGUCCCGGUUCACUGGCCUUGAAUAAUUUGACCACAUCCCACUCUCAACCUAUUUACGUACCAGGAAAAUAUUCGCCGUCAAGCUGUCUCACGGACAAGGAAGAAGACGAUAUUUACGGAUUCGGGUAUGGCGUGUUUGGCAAGCAAAUGUUGCAAAGACAGCAACAACAAAAACAACUUCUCCUUGCUCAACCCACGCAACCUUUGGUGCACAAUCAACAGCAUAAUUACCAGAGUUGUCUAAGUCCACGAUCAGCAUACUUUUAUGAGUUUCCACCGAGUGAUAACUGUCUGGGUACUGCUAAGAAGAAGGUUACGACAUUUUCGAGAUUGCUUCGCGGCUUGAAGUCACAUAGAAAAGAGAAACACGGCUCCUGUUCGCCGAAACAUUCCCACAGUCCACGACAAGGGUUGCCUCCUCAGAGGGUCUUAUCGGAUCGAACUUUAAAUCAGGUUGAUACACCGGACAGCGUGCUUCAAAGUGGCUUGGGCUUAGGCCCUGGCCCUGAUACAGCUUUGAGGUCUAUGGUAGAUCCAAGAGACUAUGACCGCCUCCGCUUCUUUCAAAUGAGUGCCGCCCAACCAAACACCUUCGAAGAAACGAUACAUAGGUUAAAAGUUCAGGAAGCAAUGAAGAAAAAAGAUAAAUUGGCGAGAGAACAAGAAGAGAUUUUAAGAGACAUAAGACAUGGUCUGAUGAACAUGGGGAGAGAUGGUGUCCGCGGGCCAUUUGGAGACGACACAUACAUGUAUGACGAUGAAGCAAGAGGGCUUUCCGGAAGGGGGCAUUGGUACGAUGAGCCACCCUAUGAAAGCGACCCUGAAGACUUUUUAAUGGGUGGUGGCGCUCCUGCAGCUUCAUUUCAAAAUGGACGAGUUUGUUUUACAUUAAAUUUACGAAAUGAGUCAAGAGGCGAAGGUGUGAUUUCCCUACGAACGGCCGGCGAUAUAAGUUUAGCAAGAACCCCUAGAAGAGGAUUAAUAAUUCCGCAAAGCGGCCCCUACCCAACCACUGUGAUACCCUUACGAACAGCGAGAGAUAGGGAAAGCGGGGAUUAUGCGGCAUCCGACAUCCAAUCUAUAGGCUCGAGGUUGUCCGGCAUAUCUCUAGAAUCAAGUCGAUCCGAACGGGACUGUAGAAGGGGCUAUAGGCAAAUGUCAGGCUAUCGGAUAGGAAUCGACCCCUUAUCGCCAGCGUCCUCGGACUACGAAGAUCAAGAAAGCGAAACAGAUUCACAGCAUAUAGCAACUGUACAUAAGUCAGCCGAAGAAUGUGACGGAGUAUCAAAUCUUGCUGGUAAAGUCAGAGGUCUUAGACAAGAUGUUCAAAGAAAAAUUUCAAGGUUACGUCAAGAAGGAGGGCCUGUCAUCUCUUCCGAUAGGCGAACUAGUGGCGAUCAAGCAUUUCCAUGUUCUAAUAGUUCUUUUGAAAGUCUUCCCAGCGGCUCAGGCAGUAGCACCCAGGCAUUGGUUCGUGCCGGUAGUAAUCAUUCGUCUCUCUCGGCAGAAGAAAACAUAGAAUUAAGUCCAGCUGGGCGGAGUCUACUUGUACCGCAAAUGCUGUGCCGCGCUCGAGCACUCGUCGAUUAUGUCCCCAACAUUUAUGAAAAGGACGCCUUAAGAUAUAAGAAAGGAGAUAUCAUUGAAGUUAUUAACAUGAAUGCGUCCGGCAUUUGGCGAGGUGUUCUAAACAAUAAAGUUGGAAACUUUAAGUUUGGAAAUGUUGAAGUUCUAUCCGAACGGGAUACAAUGAGGUCAAGAACUUCUAAAUGGUGCAAAAGUCGAGAAAGACUUUGGGAGACAAGACCGCGAACAGUUGAAGAAUUAUUGAGGCGAAUAGAUUUACCUGAAUAUAUGGUUGCGUUUUCAAGAAAUGGUUAUGAAGACAUAGAACUUUUUAAAGAGAUUGAACCUUCCGACUUGGAUUAUUUAGGAAUAAUGACCCCUGACCAUCGAACACGCAUCCUCGCCGCCGUACAACUGCUACACCAGCUAGAAAGUGGCGAAGGUGAAGGUGAGGGUGACGGAGGCGGUUCCAGCUCGGAAGGAGGAGACUCUCCGUUUGGUCGGCGUCAAUUUCCAAGAGAUUCUGGCUGUUACGAAGCUGGAGUAGGUGUAGGCGGUGUUAGAGUACGCACAUCUCCUCUCGUUCAUAGAACAGAUGAACCAUCUCACAGACCUCCUGAACCAGCUCCUCAAGCAAAACGUUCCAUUCGUCGUCGACAACCAGAUGACGCUGAAUGUGACAGAAUCGAAAAAUACCCCGGCACUAUUGGAGAAAAAACUAACGUACGUACUGGGGGAUUACCGGGAGGUGCUAGAGAUGGCACAUGUGAGUCCGAUCAUAAAUUGAAUGUUGUCAAGUUUGUAGCCGGAGGAGAGCCUUGUGCUUCGGAAAAGAGUAGCGACUCGGGUGUGAGCAGCUCUUCUUUGAGCUCGGCGCAUCCACAUCGUCCCUGA